AUUUUUCGGUUCACGAUAUCAGAAUACGCGAUGGUAUGUCGCCGGUCCUCCGUCACAUAUCUGCUUGGCAAACGGGGAACUCAGAAAAAUGGCGGAAUACCUGUUGCUCCUCCAUACCAAACUUCAACUGUCCUGUUAAUGCGUGGGCACUUACUUCCACACAAUAAUAUCCGAAAGUCAUACCAGAAUCACGUCUGAUCAGUUCAGAUGACAAAUCUCGCCAUAAAGGACCUUGAUUCACAGAAUUUUCCAUCUCAAGACUCAUGGAGGUCCAGGUUGAAACAAAUCGUAUACUCUCGGAUCUAUAUAAAUCCACCAAGCACUUACUUAAGACACUCUUUCCACCUCUCAAUACACCCAACCACUAUUUUCACCCAUACCACGUCAUACCAUAGUCUUACACAUCAACCUUCGAACCAAAACCCAAAACACUACACCGCAAUCUACCUCGCAACCAUCUUACAAAUCCCUCACCUCAGCCAACAAACAGCCACCACCACCACCAAAUCCCCCAAGUCCAACCCUCUUUCUCCCUUCUCCCUCUCCCACCCAAAAAAAAACAUGGAUAUCAUCAGAAUCGGCAUCCCGAUCCCCGAAUUCAGGAGGGCAAUAAUGUGGAAACGCGGGUGCACGGAUACUGAAGCCACGGAGUACAUAUGCCGGUUCGUAAAAACGGGAGAUGUUAAGUCCACGUUUGGGGGACUCUUUUUGCGUGAUUGGGAGUUGAAGGAUUUGUGGGAGGAGUAUAACAAUAGGGAUUUGGGGAGGGAGAGGGGGAGGGAGAGGGGCAGGGAGAGGGGUGGGCUUGCGGAUGGAGGUGGAGGUAGAGGUGGAGGUGGGCAGGGGGAGUUUGGUGGGGAGGGUUGGGAGGGGUAUGAGGGUGGGGAGAGGGAUGGGGAUGGGUAUGGUGGUGGUUGGGAUGAGAAUGAGGACGAAUAUCGGGGUGGGAGUUACGAUGGAGGUGAGAGUUACAAUGGCGGGAAUGGACAUGGACGUAGAUAUGGACAUGGGGGUUGGAGUGAGGAUGGAUAUGAUAGAGGGAAUGGGGAUGAGGAUGAAUAUUCUGGUGGACUUGGAGGAGGGAUCGGACAUCGACAUGGACAUGGAUAUCAGGGUCGGAAUGAGGAAAGGUAUGAGGAUGGAUAUGAGAGUACCCAAGGGGAAGGAUAUGGAUAUGGAGGAGGGAAUGUAGGAGGGAACAGAGGAGGGAAAAGCGGAGGGAAUAGAGGAGGGAACAGAGGAGGGAACAGAGGAGGGAACAGAGGAGGGAACAAAGGUGGCUUUGGGGGCGAGGCUAGAGGUGGCUUCAGUGGUAGGUCUAGAGGAGGGAGCAGAGGUGAAUAUAGAGGUCGGGGUAGGGGUAGGUUUGGAGGCGGGCUUGGAGCAGAGCAUGGGAAUGAUGGGAAUAGAAGUGGAUUCGGAAGAGGUAAUGGAGAUAGAUCUGCUCUUAGUCCCGGGUACAGGAGCGGCAGUAGAAAUAGGUCUGAGGGUGGCAGCGAGAGGUGGUGGGGGCCUAGGAGAGGUGCUUGGUGGGGGCCAUAGAAGGAUGUGAGAAGGGAGAAGCAGUCACAUCAGAGGGUUAGGGAGAUUCGUGGGGUUCUUUGAGCUAUGUAAUGGUAAGGAGCUAAAGCUAGUUUUGGAGUCGUAUUGGAUGGGAUAUUGCAUGGAUGAUAUUUGGCUGUUCUUGUUCUCGACAUUGCUGGUCAGCAUAUAUCAGCUGCGUGGUCUGAUCCAAUCUGAUCUUUCACAUGAGACUGCUCUGAAUUGACGAAUGACCCACCUACCUAGUAGCCCUCAUCCACAUUGAAGGAACCGGACGGCGGAAGCAAUGUUAGCAGACUUUGAUUGUUUCCAAAUUCUGAUAAAAAUUACAUAGAGAAAGUAUGACGUUGAUGUUGCACAUUUCUUUUUCGCUCUGUUUGCCGUUCAUUUAUUGAUCCCGCCCGCUCGGUAAUGGUGUAUAUCCGCCUUAGCUUCCUUGCUCGAAGACGUUGAAGUAAGCUCAGACUCGCAUGCAUAAUAACCAUAUUCAUAUCCGGGUAUUUGGACUAAGAUGAGUGUUGGUAGGAAAAGAUCGGUAAAGUAGGGUUGUGUAGGGCUGUGUGAAGGUGUUGGCAGGAAGGUAGGUAAGUUGCCUCUUUGGGAAGGAAACGUAGGUACCUUAGGGAGCGUGCAGUUGGUGAUCAUGUGAUGAGGUGGACUUACAACAACACUGCAACACAGGUAGAGCUUGUGUGAGGAAGGGGGUUAAGAGUGAUUGAGAUAC